ACAUCAGUGCAAUGUAGGCCACAAGAAAGGACAUUAGGAAUGGUGAUGAAGGAGGUAGAUGAAGAUCUUGCAAUGUCUCUUGAGAUGCGUCGUGGCGAAAAGGACAUGAAUGAUCAACAAUUAGGCUCAAAGGUUGACUUCUCUUUGUUAGCAAAUGGGACAUCAACAAAGCCUGCUAAUCAAGAUUAUCUUUUAAACUCUGAGAAUGACAAGAAUGACUAUGACUGGCUCCUUUCACCACCUCAGACUCCUUCAAAUCCAUCACCAGAUAUGGAAGAGCAAAAUAUUCUGGCAUACCAGAUUGUGACGAAUUCUAGUUCAACUGCUCAAGACUGUAAAAUUGAGACAAAUUCAAGUACAACUGCUCCUGAACCUAAAAUAAGCAUCAAGCAGGAUACAGCUCAGCCUGCGAACUCACUGGAAAGGUUCUCUUCAAAGAUUAAUUCAACUGGACAGCCAGCUACGUCCAGAAGCAAAAACUCUUCUGCUGGAAAUGGAUGGCCUUCAUCAUCAGGGGGUAACAAGGCAACUUCCACAAGGUCAGCAACGCCCACUGAACGUCCUCGUAGUUUUUCAUUUAAACCUUCAAGAGCUUCUACUCCUACUUCGAGAGCGACAUUGCCUUCUGUUAAGCCUGUUGCUUGCACAGCAAGAUCCUCGACUCCAACAAGAGCUGCUCCACGCUCUUCUACCCCAACCGGUAGACCCUCCAAACCAGCUGCUUCCAAGUCAGUGUCUAGGUCAGCAACACCAACUCGUCGACCAUCAACUCCAGCGUCCAUUCCUAUAGUAUCAGUUUCUAAGUCUCAAUCUUCUUCAUCAACAAAAACGGGUACCACAACAUUAAUAAGAACUGCACCAUCUCGGGGCACCUCUCCAACUGUGAAGUCUAGGCCGUUGAAACCCUUGGAGACACCAAGUCUUUCGCGUGAUUCUUCUAGCAAUUCUAAGACAUUGGUGCCUAGAAGACCUGUAUCUGCAUCUAGGGGAAGACCAACUGCUCCCGGUGCUCGACAUUCUACCACUAAUUCAAGUUCUGAUGGAAAACCCAGACGGAAAUCAUGUUCUCCUUCAAGAGGACGAGCAACAACUGCUACUAGUUUGAGCAAUGCAACCGCUCUACUUUCCAAGAGUAGGGGAUAUGGUAUUGAGAACGAUGAUGUGAACCCUGUGUUGAUCGGCACACAGAUGGUUGAAAGGGUAGUAAACAUGAGGAAAUUAGCUCCCCCUAAGCAAGAUGAUAAUCUAUCUCAUGAAAAUCCCUCCAAGAAAUCUCUGUCCCGAGAAAAUUCAGGCUUUGGAAGGUCAUUUUCCAAAAAGUCCUUGGAUAUGGCUCUACGACACAUGGAUAUAAGACGAAGUGUCAAUGGAACCUUACGCCCAGUUCUGACACGGGUCUCUGCUUCUUCAACAAAUGGAAUCCGGUCUAGCUCGGCAAAGAAUAAGACAGAUAGUAUUUCUGACUCGCCACUUGCCAUGAGCAGCAAUGCUAGUUCAGAACCCAGUAUCAACAAUAGCUCUCAUAAUAUAAAUUGGAGCGAACCGGAAGAUGAUAACUUUGGUUGUGAGAGAGAACAAUCCUCCCUCACUAGCCAGCAGCAUCUGGAGCAGUAACCUCUAGGACUUCCUAUGAUAUUUAUUCUUGCUGUGUGCUUUGAUUAUUUAAUCUUCUUGUUUUGAAACUUCUGUAUUGAAAUAUUGCAUCUGGAUUAGUUUUUCAGGGAUCCUUUGCAAUAGUAGUUGCAUUUCUUGUGCUCUGUACUUCUUGACUAGCAAAGAUGAAACUUUUCUUGUAAUUAUAAUGGACAAAACUUAAAUUAGAUUGGUAUUAAUGUUACACUUCAAAUCUAUGAA